UAUGCGUACAGCUGUAGUUUUUUGGAACGUGAGCUAGGCAGUUUUAGGUUAUCUUUAAUUUUAUUUAAUACAUGUUCUAAUAUCAAAAAGCGUAAUAAGAUAACAGUAGUAAUACGUUAGUUUUACGAUGGCAGAAACAUCGAAUGAAAAAAUUUCCAAGAAGUGAGUAUCGUUGAGAAAGUUGAUCAAGAUGAUUUUAUCCAGGACUUCAACAGUGGUUUCUUCAUUAAUUGGGCAAAGAAUUAUCAAUUGUCCAAUAACUUUUACAAAGUUCUCAUCAGCAGUGCAUUCACGUGAAUUAAAACGUCGGCUUAAAGCUGAACAGAAAUUGAAGGAGAAGGCAGAAAAGGCUGCCCAACAGCCGGUUGCCAGUGAGAAAAAAAGUUCCAAAGCUGAUGAAGAAAUAAGUCCUAACGAGUAUUACAAGUUAAGGACUGGAGCAGUUGCAGCUCUUAAAAAUGGCAAAAAAGAGGAACAUCCAUACCCUCAUAAAUUCACAGUUACAAUAUCCUUGGAGGAUUUCAUUGAAAAGUACAACAAUCUGAAAGAUGGAGAAGUUUUAGAAAAUGUAACUUUGUCUGUCGCUGGUAGAAUACACUCUAUUAGAGAAUCAGGAGCUAAGCUUAUUUUUUAUGAUCUAAGAGGGGAAGGUGUUAAGCUGCAGGUGAUGGCCAAUGCUAAGUUAUAUGAGUCUGAAGAAAAGUUUGUAUCUGACACAGAAAAGUUAAGGCGAGGUGACAUCAUUGGAUGUGUGGGACAUCCUGGCAAAACUAAGAAGGGAGAGCUGUCAAUAAUACCCCAGAGCGUAAAACUAUUGUCGCCGUGUCUGCACAUGUUGCCACAUCUGCAUUUCGGGCUAAAAGAUAAAGAAACUAGAUUUAGAAAAAGAUAUUUGGAUCUCAUUUUAAAUGAUAAAGUGCGUCAAACCUUUUACACAAGAGCUAAAAUUAUCUCUUACAUCAGGAGAUUUUUGGAUAAUAUGGGUUUCUUGGAAAUAGAAACACCAAUGAUGAACAUGAUCGCCGGUGGUGCCACCGCUAAGCCUUUUGUCACUCAUCACAAUGAACUUGACAUGGAUCUCUACAUGAGGAUUGCACCAGAGUUAUAUCACAAAAUGCUCGUAGUAGGAGGAUUGGACAGAGUGUAUGAAAUCGGACGACAAUUUAGAAAUGAAGGCAUUGAUUUAACACACAAUCCAGAAUUCACAACCUGCGAAUUUUAUAUGGCUUAUGCGGAUUAUAAUGAUUUGAUAUCUAUCACUGAAACAAUGCUCUCUGGAAUGGUGAAAAGCAUUCAUGGAACUUACAAGGUUAAAUAUCAUCCUGAUGGUCCUGACGGUGAGGAAGUGGAGAUUGACUUCACACCACCAUUUGCGAGAGUACCCAUGAUUGCCACACUGGAAAAAGUUCUCAAUGUGAAAUUACCCCCUGCUGAUCAGCUGCACACUUCUGAAGCCAAUGCCUUAUUAUGCCAGCUUUGUGAAAAACAUGAGAUUGAAUGUCCCCCUCCAAAAACAACUGCAAGACUCUUAGACAAAUUAGUUGGAGAGUUCUUGGAAGAAAAAUGUAUAAAUCCGACAUUUAUUUUGGAUCAUCCACAAAUAAUGAGCCCCCUCUCUAAAUAUCACAGAGAUAUUCCAGGCUUAACGGAAAGGUUUGAAUUGUUUGUAAUGAAAAAGGAAAUCUGUAAUGCAUACACUGAGCUGAAUGAUCCGGCUACUCAGCGUGAACGUUUCGAGCAACAGGCGAAGGAUCGUGCGGCUGGUGAUGAUGAAACUCCGCCAACUGAUGAAGCAUUCUGUACUGCUCUCGAAUAUGGUCUACCACCUACAGCAGGAUGGGGUGUUGGUGUUGAUCGGCUCACAAUGUUUUUAACCGACUCAAACAAUAUUAAGGAAGUAUUGUUGUUCCCAGCAAUGAAACCAGAUGAUCCCAACAAACAUAACACUGAAGGUGAACCUUCUAAAGAAAAUAUAAAUGGUGCCCAGUAAUGCA